AUGGAGGCGGAGGCAUUCCUCAUGGAGACGGAAAACUUGCACGUGGUAUCCUUGGGCGAUCUCGGGGCGUACGGGUCCGCAGGCACGACGGAAUGCUUCAGGGUCGCGAGGGACUACCUCGACGGCUUCCACGCGCCCGUGGACAUCGUCUCGGGAAACCACGACCUGGAGGGGCUGGGAGAGUUUGCCACGGACCGAGAAAACCUCGCCGCGUUCCAGGCGGCCUUCGACAAGGAGAGCCCGCAGUUCUCGGCCGUUAUCGCAGAGAAAACCCUGUGCCUCGGGCUAAGUACGGUGCGCUUCAGGGAUGCAGAAGGCUCCAGCCACGAGGUGUUCAUCGACGAAGCUCAGAUGCAGUGGUUCGAGCAGCAGCUGGCGGCACACUCGGAGGAAGACGGAUGGAAGGUCAUGGUAUUCUCACACGCCCCACCCAUGGGAUCAGGGUUGCGGGUGGUGCAGGGGGUGCACAUCAAGAACCAGUGCGCCUGGUUAAACCACAGUGUGGGAGACAGGGAGCGGCGAUACUUCCUGAGGAUGUGUCGCAAGUACGGCCACAUAAAGGCCUGGUUUUCGGGCCACUUCCACCUCAGCCACGACUACGAAGACUCAAUCAGCGUCGUGGACGGGUGUGCUUUCGUACAGCCCCGAUGCUACCCAGGCACACGCCCGCCGGUCCGCUGUCUAUUCGUUGCCCGUUCCAAGGUCGGCGUCAUCGGGGAGAAGAGCACCCGGGACGGCCGGCGACAGACGAGGCUGGUCAGGGGCACCGCAGAAUGUCUCCAGGUGUACACCGUGAGCCAUCACGUGGAGGGAGCGGCCGACGCGCGGCUGGAUGUCACCCUCAACUACGAUGACCCGACCCACCCCGUGAUAGCGCACGGUCACGAGGAUUACGACCACUUGUCCUGGUUCUCCGCCUACCUCCCGGAGGAGGAGGACGGCUGCUACCUGGACCACACGCAGCUGGAGUCGGACGCGGGGGGGACUGCGGUAGCAUCACAUUCCGAGGACGUCCAGUGCUGGUGGCACAUGCGGGACGGGAGGGUUCUGGGCGUCCACGACGGCAUGGUGGUGGAGUACGACCAAGAACUACUCGCUCCGAUCGGGGUGGUGAGGGACCGCGAGCAGCUGAAGGGCAGAGAGGUGGUCGUGAUCGAGGGGGGCGACGCGGUCAUGCUCGUGCAGAGAGAGGGGGGAGCCGGCGACGCCAGCAGCAGUAGCGGUGACGUGGAGGUGAUUCAUCCAAACGCGAAGGGCGGUUACUCGACAGUCUUCCAGCGCAACAAGGCGGUGCGCACGAAGGAGAUGCAGCGGGAGGAGAUGGCGCAGCAGUGGAUGCGAAAGAACCGUUCUUAGGAUCAACCCCGGGGCUUCCUUUUUUCUGCGAUGAUUCGGGGUUGGGGGGCGGGGGGGCUUUUUUUUUGUCUCCGCAGCUGGGUGUCGCGUGCCUACCGAAGAUAUUGGACGGCGAAGCAUAGGUGACGCCUUGCAAUGGGUGGCGCAAAGAAUCCGGGCCUUUCCGGGGUGGCUCUCUUGUCUCUCUGUCUCUCCCUUUCCAGGCCUCCAUUGGUCGUCGUGGAAGACCUACAGUAGUCUAACGGGGUUGUUUUGUAUGUAUUUUGCGCGCGUGUUUUUUGGCUCCUCCCUCGUUCGAAGUGUGGUGCCCAGUGGCAAUGUGGUCGUAAGCGCCUAUUUUGUACUGAAGUGUGCGUAUUUGAGAGUACAAUGGCAAGUCGGAGCGCCGUGCGCAACAUGGGUGCUCAAGUACACCCUACUUUUGCAUAUGACAGAAGGAUCUGCAAACCAGAUUUCCGCUCCAGGUUGUACACGUUUCUGUCUUUUUGUUUUUCUUCUGCGCGUGUCCGUGUGUGAGAAGAAGAGGUAUCUUGGAGGGGACGUGGAGGGGGCGCGUGGCCAAAAAGAGAAGUUGGCAGCUUGUUUUGGGGGUGUACACGUUUUUGUGAUUCGGCCUGUACGUAACGUGAGCGUGAGUGGCUGUGAUGCAACACGUCGGUACGUAUAAUAGAGUGCUCGGUACUGAGUAAAAACGUAUAAACGGGAUGGGUGAUACGAGAUAUUCAAGCCCAUUUAUUUGUGACGUGCACCACGUGGCGGACAUGAACAACGACAACGCUUGCUACGCGUUGGUGAACACAGUGCUUGAGAGGAGGGGAUAAAGGCACGUUGGCAAGCCCAACUUGCGGCAAUGGAAAACAGGAAUGCCAGGCG